UUGUCUAAUCCCAAGUAUCAAAAUGCAGGUCCUUCAAAACUCCACAAACAUCGGUGAAUAUGCGAAUAUGAGUGGAAACGCUACAAACAGAACAAUUCCCAGUCGUCAUUAUGCCAUCCCCCACGAUUCUGCGAUCCUCAUGUUCAUAUUCGGGAGCUGUGCUGUGGGAGCCCUCACUAGAAGGAUCAUCCAGGGUUUGAACCUGCGGCUGCCUUACACCGUGGUCCUACUUGUCCUGGGCAUCCUGUUUGGGCUCCUAUCUGGCUACAGCGAGGUCGUCCACAUUUAUGCCCGGGUCAUUGACAUCGACCCCCACCUCCUGCUCAGUAUAUUUCUCCCGAUUCUCAUCUUCGAGUCCGCUUUUGCCAUGGAGGUGCACACAUUCAUUAAGACCAUUGUUCAGGUCGUGCUUCUUGCCAUACCUGGCUUAGCCAUGGCUGCAUUCCUUACUGCUGUCCUAAGUCGAUUCAUGUUCACGUAUGACUGGACAUGGAACGAGGGUAUGAUGUUUGGGUCCAUCCUCAGUGCGACAGAUCCGGUGGCAGUGGUUGCACUGUUGAGAGAUAUCGGUGCUUCAAAGCAGAUGGCCAUGGUCAUUGAAGGGGAAGCGUUAUUGAAUGAUGGAACAGCUAUUGUAUUCUUCAACGUUUUUCUUAAAAUGGUGACCAGCGAAGAAGCUAUCUCAGGUGGUGACAUUGUACUGGAUUUCAUACGGAUUGCCAUCGGUGGACCUUUCGUUGGCUUCAUCAUGGCAAAGAUAACCCUCUUCUGGCUAUCACGUAUCUUCAACGAUGCCAUCGCUGAGAUCACUAUAACCAUGGCUUCGGCAUACAUCACUUACUACGUUGUGGAGGUCUGGUGUAAAAUGUCAGGAGUCCUGGCGGUGGUGGUGCUGGGCUUGGCAAUGAGCUCCGAGCGAACGAUGAUCAGUCCAGAAGUGGAACACUUCCUGCACAGGUUCUGGGAGACGCUGGCGUACCUCGCUAACACCCUCAUUUUCAUCAUUGUCGGCAUGGUGAUUUCAGAGAAGGCCAUCUUUGAGAUACAUGGCAUAGACUGGUUCUACAUGUUUUCUCUCUACUUCGGGUGUUUUGUUAUAAGAGGUUUGGUGAUAGCGAUGUUCAGCCCGAUACUGCGCCACACAGGUUACGGGCUGACGUGGCGUGAGGGCACCGUGAUGACCUGGGGCGGUCUGCGGGGCGCUGUAUCCCUUGCCCUCGCCCUGCAGGUGGCGCACCAUGACAAGAUAGACCAGGAUCACUUUGGCCUGAGGGUGCUGAUCCAUGUGUCCGGUGUCGUAUUCCUCACUUUGAUCGUCAACGCUACCACCACAUUCAUGCUACUGCGGGUCCUGGGUAUGAGUGACGUGUCCCCUGCCAAGAGGAUGUCUAUGGCCAAUGCCCUGCGAUAUCUGCAAGACAUGCGCGAGAAGACUCUCAAUAUGCUGAAAACAGACAGGUUUCUGGCAGACGCAGAGUGGGAAACUGUUGAAAAGCAGACAGAGGUGAAUGAUCCAUAUCAGACAACAGAAGAAGAGGCGCAGAUUGAGGACUCUCUUGAUAUACGAAAGAACGCCUGUUGCCCAGAUUGUGAUGCCACUUUGCCGCCUCAGUACUCAAUCAAGGAACUACGUGACAUGACAAAUGAGGCCAUAUUGAGAAUGCUAAAGGCAGAAAAGAUGAGCUAUUGGCGCCAGUUUGAGCAAGGAAUGCUUUCAAGGGAGGCAACUCGUAAACUGCAGGAGUGCACAGAAAUAGCUUCUGAUACCAAAGGGAAAUUUAUUGACAUAGAGGACAUCAAGAAUAGUUGGCAGAUGCCUAGUAUACUUCCAAAACUGAAACGGUUGGUAAAGAGAAGCAUAUUCAAAACUCAAGUGAAUCUGGACAAGAGCUCCAAACUCUGGCCACUGUUCCGUUUUGAGAGGCAUCCAGCAUUCUACCUAAUCAUUUACAUAUUCAUUAUCCUUGACAUGAUCAACGUUGCCUUUGCCAUAGCUUCCCAGUAUGUGGAACAUUUCUUCUACACGCGCAAUGCCUUCCGUAGCCUCAACCUGGCCUUCGUCUGUGUCUACAUCCUGGAGCUUGCGUUAAAAGUGAUCGUCCAGAAGAGGGCGUACAUAACAAACACGUGGCACUGGAUGUGUAUUGUAAUAAUUGUCAUUGGUGUGCCAGACAUCAUCCAGAGUUUUGUUCUACCUGCCAUGUAUGGGGAGCUACAUGGAGCCGUGCACAUCGUGUCCCUCAUGUGCAUCAUCCUGCGUACCAUCCGCGUGUUCAGACUGCUAGAGCCCACGAUGCCGUACAUUCUGGACUUCAUCAAGCGUAGGAUGAGUCAACAGCUCAGUAUUGGCUUUGAUGUCGGGCGUGGCUUCGUUGCUGGGGAGGAGGAGGUACGCAAGUUGGUCGACCACAUGUCCGAUAACAAGGAUAUUGCAAAGUCACUAAAACAGAUGAGCGACAACAGCAGACUGGAUGUGAUACGUUGCCUCGGAAUGUUGUCAAAGCAGCACCCAGACAUUGCCCUGUCCAUCAAGACGCGCCAGGCGAUACGCAGCGUACUCAAUCAGUUGAGGGAUGGGAUACACGACCUCCUGGCAGACGGAAUACUGGAGGAGGCAGAAGGAAACAAACUGGAAAAGCAAGUGGAGGAGCAAAUGAAGCGUCUGCAGUCGGCCGCACACAGUCUGCCAAUACCCCCUCCAGACAAGAUGCUGAAAAACAUCUGCUGGCUCGGAAAAGACGAAGCACUCAUGGAGUUCAUAAAGUUAAAAUCAAAGCUGCUGAACUUUGAUUACAAUGACGUGGUGAUACGUGAAGGAGAUAUAGCUGGAGGUAUCUACAUCAUCAUUUCUGGAAUGGUGCGGCUUGAGUCUACCAACCCUUCGGGCAGGCAGAUACUGUCCCUGCAGGAGAAACCAUCAGGUACUUCGCUAACCACCAAGGCAUAUGUUUUGGAUUUUAUGACAUCAGGAAACAUCAUUGGAGAGAUGGGACUGCUUACACACAAACAUAGGUCCGCGACAGUGAUUUGUGAGACAUCUGUACAGAUGAUGUAUAUCGCCCUGGAGGACAUGGAGUACGCCAUUGAGACGUUCAAGGAGGGAGAUGAACCUCUUGUAUAUCGUCUGUGGCACGUCUGCGCUAACAGGAUUGCAGUUAAUAUCCUCAUGAAUCAGUCUUCUUUCCAGGGCUGGACAAAAGAGAAGAUAAAGCUACGCCUGGAGAAUUCAUAUCUUGCAGACACAAGUGGACAAACAUUUGUAGUGGACUCCACAAUGUCAGAUGUGGUGCUCAUAAAUGGCUCUGCCAGAAACCCUUUCACUGAUGAGUUUUUUGAAGGGCCCAGCUACAUUCCCUGGACUGUUCUUAAGCUGGAUCUACUGGCGGUGGAAGGAAUGCCAGUAGUGAUCCUGAUAGUACCCAGUGAUCUUGGGCAGCCUAUACAUGGUAAGAAGGGAGAAGCUCAAAGAGGUCAUGGUGCCUUGAUAAACUCAUUAAGUCAGCUGUGCCUAAAACAUGCCUCGAAGAAACGCUUGAAUGUGGAGUCAAAGUGGAAGAAAGUGCAAAGUGCCAAGAGCCUGGGAACCCUGUUCAGCAGUAACAAGUUGGAUCCUGCUAGCCACAGCAAGUUUGAAAAUGGGAUGCCUAGUUCUGGCACAGGGCUACAUCAGAGGGCGUCUUCACCGCUAGAUGUCUUGCAGAAUGCAAUGUCCAGUGUUUCCGGAGGAUCGGCGUCUGGAGAAGCCCGCCGAUCGCCUCAAGUCGAAUUCCUGGUUGAUAUUCCCGCCAAGAGAACGGUUUCGGCACCAGUAUCACCGAAAUCGCCGACCCGUUGGGAACGAAUGAAACGCCUGAUUAGUGUGGACCAUAGCGGAACUGCUCGGAAGUCUUCGGUUAGUUUCGACUCGACGGAAAUCCUGCCCGAUGAUCUUGAAUACAUUGAAGGUGGAGAAAUCGUUCACUCUGAUCAUUCCUUCCGGUUCCCGGCUCAUGAGGUUUCCCGCCACGACCACUCCAACCUGCAACUUUCGACUGUACAGGAGGAGUCGCCCAGGAGCGAAAGUGCUUCCCGCAGCACGUCUGAUGACGCACUGAGCGCAAAGCGGGAGUUGACGGAUAGCGAAAACAAGUCGAACAACGCCGAAGACGGAAAAAAGGAGUCAACGAACCGCGAAAACACGCGCAAAAAUUCCAAAGCAGGAAAGGAUGAUUCACCUUACCGCGAACACAAGCACAAUAACGCCAAGAGCGGGAAGGAGGAUACACCAAACCACGAAAACACUCAUAAUAACGCCAAAAUAGGGAAGUCUCCCGAAAUGGCAGAGGUCAAAGUACUCAUUAAGGGAAAAUCGCCAUCUAAAGGCUUCCAAAGGAAAGGACGUGACGUCACGUCGGAAACGGAUAUACAGUUAACGCCGGUGUCUGGUGGCGACGUCAAAAAGUGACGCUCGAACUCUGGGUAUAUUCUGCGUGAUACUACCUAACAACCAACGAAGUAUUCGUCCAUUUUUCUACUUCCUUGUUUACAUAAACGAUUUUUAAGUAAGACAAGCCUUUAGGUCGAGUUGCAUUAAAUUGCUUCAUUCCUGCACUUACAGUACUUCAUCAUCUAACUGAAAACAAAACCGUUUUGUUAAAAAGACGUCCCAUUAAAGUGAAAAAUAACUCGUGUAUGCAGGGACCUAUACACCUGUUUUUAUAGGUCCCUGGUGUAUGUACAAUAAUUGUAUGGCCGCGCUACUUACCCGAUAUUUUGGAGAGAAUAGUGGAAAUAAAGUACAUUGUAUUAUUUUUCGUAGAACAUAUAUCGCUAUUGAAACUAUUGUUACACUAAUGCACAUAUAACACAAAUGCUAUUUGAUCAAUACGUACAACUAUCAUUAUUUGUUAUUGAAAUACUCAAGUAGUUAUAAAAUAUCCACCACGUGUGUUACUGUUAACACAAAGGAACAAAUGUAAUACUUGUAUGCUAGUUUUUUGUGCAUACAUGUAUGUAUAUAAUGAAGAUCAUGCGAUGUCGAUACAUGUGUAUUUUAUAGUUACCUAUCCAUUUAGCAAACCUAUUUACAGUAUAUAAGCCUAUUAUAAGGAGGCUUUCUGCUAUGUAUCUAGCGUAAAAUGUACUUAGAAAUAAUAUGCUUUAAACUUAAAUCUUGUGUAUAUAACAUGUAAUUUUGGAAGUUAAGCUGUGUAUAAUAUAAUAACUGUGUGAUUAUUUUUUGUCCGUCGUUCGCCAUUCGUCCUCGUGACGUUUGGUAAGAAUAUGAAUGAUAUUUUGGCAGAGUGCGCAACAGGGUCGGGUGGGGUCGAAACUAUUAUACUAGGUCAAAUAAAAAAGACCUGUAAAAUGUAUAAGUAAUUAUUUGCACAACAAUCCUCGUACGAUAUCUCGGUCAAUUUAAAAAAAUGGUUCCGGUUCGAUUUAAAACACGUCGCCAGAGAUAAUUAUGCAAUGUUUAAUAAUUAUAACAUGAUCUGAUCAAUACUAUAUCUAAUUGUUAUGAAAACUUCACUUUACUUUAUUAUCCAACAAACUGGGCUUAAUUUUUAUUAUUUAUUAAUAAGUUUAACGACAUAAAUAUAUAUUUAUAGAAAAUAAAUAUGCAAUUUGCACACUUCAAAGGGAUUUACAAUUGAAUUAUGUAUACGCUCUCGCACUGUCUCUAAAUGGUUUUCGCUGAAUGUAAGGUUGUUGUAUAUAUGGGCCGUGCUCAGUGAAAAAAGGGUUUGAUGCAUGUGCGUAAAGUGUCGUCCCAGGUUAUAAUGUGCAGUCCGCAAGGGCUAAUCAGGAACGACACUUUCCGCUUUCAUUAUAUAUUUCGUUUAAAGAGAGUCUCUUUUAAGCAAAAGUCAAGUUAAGGCGGAGUGUGUCGUCCCUGAUUAGCCUGUGCGGACUGCUUAGGCUAUUCUGGUACGGCACUUUACGCACAAUCAUUUAACCCCCUUUUCACAGACCAAGGCCCAAUUUUAAAUUGUGACAUAGUUUUAUGAAUUUUCAAGUGCUAUGUACCCGCACUGUGCUGCUUAAUCACUCUUGUUGCAAAGUAAAUUUUCUUGUAUGAAAUGUUUUCAGCAUUUUAAUCUUUCACAAUGGACUACUACAUUUAAUUACCGUUACUUUGUAUGUGAAUUUUUAUUAUUUAUUUGUUAAAGCGUGUAUUGUUACGUUGGAUAAAUAUCAUAAUUAUAUUUUUAUACUAGGUUAUUGUCUUUUUGUAUUGCAAGUAAAUUCCUUUAAAAAAAGUACUUUAUUAAUCUCGCAUGUGUUUAUAAAAAAAAUACGUAUUUGAACAAUAAAAUAUUAUAGAUAAAAUGUGUUAUGCUAUUGGGUUAAAUAUUUGUAUUUGAACCGUUCAAUUCAGAACACAAAUAAUGUUUUCUAAUGUUAUAACAACGAAACCGCACUGGGAGCCUAAAAAGUCCAUAUAUCAUACGACUCGAUUAAAACCUUGAACAUUU